AUGGAUCGGUGGUGGCCGGAGGAGAAUCAGAACUGGUCGGGCCGCAUGUUCGCCUCGCCCUUCGACAAGAACAAGAAGAAGCUGGACGGCAUGUUUGUGCCGGAGAUGAAGGAGGUAAAUAGCCCGGACCGCCCGCUGGAGCUGAGCUACGCGGAGGAUAAGUUCUUUCUGAACCCCGACUUCCACAUGAGCGACGAGGUCUUCGACGAGGCGCGCCGCUUCGUGCCGCCGCCGAGCUUCGACCCCGCGAUUGACGAGAUCGACGACGACGGCUUCGUGGACGGGCAGGUGAUGUUCGACAUCCAGAAGGCGCUCGACGAGGACAAGAAGCGGCUCNAAGAAGCGGCUCGAGGCGUUCGGCAACCCGCUGCUGGUGGAGGACCAGGUCGACUACCUCCUCGCGCCGCAGCGGGACGGGGAGGAGAACAUGCAGCAGCGCCAGGAGUUCAACGGGUUCGUUCAUUGGGGUCUCCUGCACGGCGCCCACAUGAUCGUGGAAGAAAACCACGACUACAAGAAGGCGCAUGA